GUACUCGCAGCACACAUUCUCAAGUGGAACUGUGUAUUCGUCGUCAUAAUUUUUUUUUUUUUUAUACAAGUUUAUUGAUAAGAAGACGAAGAAGAACAAUAUUAUACAAAAACUCGUACGGUGUUUCGCGGAAUGCCCGGGGUCGACCUGUUGCGCACUGAGUCUACAAAGUAAGUGUUUAGUGUGGAUUAAUAACACUGGAAUUCGGGUUUCCAAGUAGGUAAAUGGCGAAAUCUGACGACCCAUACAAAGAAGGACAUCUAUGGUUCCCGCCGCAUGGUGUUCUCUCACAACUCAAGAAAUCAUGGCAGAAGCGAUAUUGUCGAUUAUUCAAAUGGAGUAAACAUGGGAUUGAUCGCCUUGAAGUGUUUGAUGGUGUUGAAGAUCAAAAGCCAUCUACGAUAGCUUCUAUAAUACCACUGGAAAGCUGUGUUAAAAUAACACAAGAUGCUCAAAAACAUCAGCCAAAUGUUUUUGCGGUAUGGACCAAAACAAGUGUUCACCAUUUCUCUGCAAAUUCCGAACAAGAAAUGACUGAAUGGAUAUGCGCUUUGCAAGCGGUGGCUUUCAAAGAUAAUGUUUCCAGACAGACAAUCGAAGAAGAUAAUGACUUGUAUUGUUCAUCUGGAGAUGCUGGGGUAUUCAGUGUUAAAUUAGUAUCAUCGGAUGCUAGUGUACGGUGCGGUUUAAAAGAACAACCUUACACAUUAGUGGUAACACCUGUUGCUCUGCAGUUACGAGAAUCGGAUGAAAACGACACUUUAUUAUUAACCUGGCCUUAUCGCUUUAUACGACGUUAUGGUUAUAGAGCUGGCAGAUUUACUUUUGAAGCAGGACGCAAGUGUGCCAGUGGUGAAGGAGUUUUCCAUUUAGAACAUUCAAAUCAACAGGAAAUAUUUAGAUGUAUUUCGUCAAAAAUGAAGAGUAUGAAAAAACUGUUAAAUGGCGAAGGAGGCACAUCAUCAAUUUUGUGUGGAGACAUCCAGUUAGGAGCAGCUUUAUCUAUGAUGGCACGUUCAAGAAGUCCUUUACCACCAUCACCCACAAGUACUACUCCACUGAUGCUAGAUAACGAUUUAAGUCCAAUAUCCAGUUCAAUCAAACCGUUAAUGCCUUUGCCUUUGGUACCUCCUCCUCCUAUACAGUCUCCUCCACCUCCGCCAUUAAAACCAAAACCAAAGAUUUUGUCUAAAAAAUUACCUACACCUUUGAUUAACGAACCUUCUAGUGAAAUAAAAGAAAUGGAUACGACUGCAGAUGCAGCAUAUGAAGAUGUUCAAGUCAGAAAUGACGCAUGGAGGACUAUGGGGCUUGAUGACCCAAAUCAUAGUGAUCAAUCAUAUGCUAGUAAUACUGUGGUACCAAUAGAUGAUUGUAUGGAAAACUAUGACCGGCUGCAACAUUUUGGUUUUAUAUCUAAAACAGCCCCUGGAUACAGACAAAUUAACCCUAUUUGUUCAUUGACCAAACAAAAACCUAGUAUUAAAACAGAAACCAUAAUGUUACCCGCUCGCAAAGCUGACGAUUCACACUAUGGUUAUGGUACAAUUAAUAAAAAAAAUUCAACAGAAGAAAGUCGAUCGUUGAACUCUGUUGCGCAUAAUGAAUUACAAUACGCUAUGGUCUUUAAACCCAAUAAGGUCUAGUUGUAUAUAUAUUUUUUAAUAAUUUUCUUUGAUAACAACCUUCCAGCUUUGUAUUUAUAGAACAUAUAGUAUCCUAUUUCUAUUGUAUACGAAAUAACACUAUUUUUUUUUGAACCUACUGUUUGGAUAAAAUAGCAAUUUGUUGAAUAUCUAUACUCAUCACAUCACAUUUAUUCAUACCGUUUAUCUUGUAAAACUGUUUAUAAACUAUAAGAUAUAUUAAAGUUUGAUUUUUUCAAUGUUUAAAUUUUAAGACAGUUGUGCAAUAAUUUAAGUUGAGUCCAUCCAACAUUAUUCCAUUACUAUAACGUGAACAAAUUAUAUGAAUUGUUAAUAAUAUGCUCAAAAAAAUUAGCGAAACGCCAACUUUUGUUUUUACCAAUUAUUGAUUAUAGUAAUUAUAAAAUAUGUUAAAUAUUUAUUUUUGUAAUAUAAAUAUAACCACUCAGUA